AUGAACUCAAGACCUUUACAACUCACACUAGCCCUCCUUAAGCCUGAUGUUGUAGCUCACCCUCAUAUAUUACAUAAUGUGAGGCAGAUGAUGUUGGAGAAUGGAUUUUACCUUUUAAUGUCAAAACAACAUAGAUUAUCAACAGCUCAAACAGAACAGUUUUAUACUGAGCACAGAGGAACAUUUUUUCAAAACAGAUUAGUGACUUUAUGAGCAGCGGCCCACUUUGGAGUCAUAUAUUAUGUGCAAAUGAUGCAAUAGCAAAAUGGAAAAAACUGAUUUGACCAAAAAAGUGCUCAAGACAGUAUAUGAAGAA